CGUUCGGUGCUGAAGUGGGGCGGAUGGCAUAAAAACAGCGGCGAUGGACAUUACAUCGCAGGAUUUCCAUUUACGAUGUCGCUAAAUAAGCAUCGGGACAUCGCGUUUUCACACCCAUCACCCUAGGAAACUGACAGUCCAUCAUAAAGGGAUGCUGUACUUUCAUUUCACUGUACUCUCAAGUCCAUAAAUGACCCUUUCACCAAAUUCCAAGGAAGCCUAGGAGGCGACAUUAAGGGGAAAUAAGGGAACAAAGAGAGGAAGUAGUUACAUUUCACCUCAGCUCUCGUGUCCCUUUCUGUGUCCGUCGGUCAGGGAUGGUGAGACCAGUAACCUCUCUUCCCUGUGCUGAAAAAAACCUCCUCUCCAGCGAGCUAAACAGCCGGUCCGUUUGCCAAACAGAUGCCCAGACAGUCCAUCAGUCAGUCCCUCCGUCAACCAGCCUGCUAUCGUCCAGCAACCUAUUACCUCACACCAUGACUGCUCUGUCUGGCCUGUUUUUAGGAACUCACUAAUUCAUGCCCCGGAGUGUGAGUGGAGUGGAGAUGAGAAAAAGGCAGGCGGCACACAUCGAGGCCACACCCCAGGCCCCUGGACAUCCCCGACCCAACACCUGCUGCCUCUGCUGGUGCGGCUGCUGCAAGUGUCUCUGGAAUGAAGAUAGGAUGGAGAGGAGUGAACGACAGACCUGCACCAAGAUGGACAGUAUUGAAGCUGCAGAAGAACAACAGCCCAGUCUAGACGAGGCGCUGUUGUGGGCCCGGAGCUUUGAGAUGAUGCUGCGCUCGCGGGAGGGCCGGGAGGUCUUCCGGGAGUUCCUGCGCUCUGAGUACAGCGAGGACAACCUGCUUUUCUGGAUGGCCUGUGAAGAGCUGAAAAAGGAGACUGAUCCCUUAGUGAUUGAGGAGAAGUCCAGGAUCAUAUACGAAGACUACGUGUCCAUAUUAUCACCCAAAGAGGUGAGUCUGGACUCGCGGGUCAGAGAAGGAAUAAACCAGAACCUGGCGGAGCCCAGCAACCUGAUGUACGAGGAGGCCCAGUUCCAGAUCUACAACCUGAUGCAUCGCGACUCCUUCCCCCGUUUCCUCAACUCCUCCGUUUACAGAGACCUCCUGGCCAACAGGAGGCUCACCUGCCUCGACACCUAGACUCCACCACAGUCCCUCAUCGCCAUCGUACGCCAACGAGACUACUACUUAAACUUCAAAUACUACUAUGGUGCCAGAAGUCGGGUUUGGAAAUUCUCUCCAUCUUUUUUGAUUGAUAAGACUGAAUGACAUCCAAGAUAGCUGGUUGUUUUUUUAUUUAUAUUUUUUAAGCAAUUUAUGUCCAGUUCUCCACUGGAGCCAGGUCGGCCUUUGCUGGUUGGUUAUUGGUCAAUUUAAGACCAUUAAUGCUGGCCAGUGAUUGUUUUGCUAGCAAUUUGUGCUGUUUGUUAAGGUUCACUGGCCAACCCACUUGUCAGCUGAAGUCAGUUGAAAUGGCCAACCUGAUGGCCAGCUGCUGGUUAACUGUGGACAAGGACUCUCAGGCGGUGGGGCCAGAAAGAGGAGAGCAGAAAGUGGACAAGCCAACUGUUCCUGUACUGUAAUAUUUAGACCUCAUGCUUUCUACCUUCACUUUAAUAUUCUCUCUCUCUCUCUCUCUCUCUCUUACUCAUUUUUUCAUGUUGUUUUGUUUUUCUAAUUCUGUCCCAUUCCGCAGAUGUGUAAAAUUGUGUUUUUAAUUUUAAUUUACUGUCCAAACAUGACACCUCGUUGUUGGUGGGAGUUGGGGCGUCUCCGCCCAUUUAACCAGUAGAAGCACUGGCUCUGCAUGUGACUCUCUCUUUACAGUAGCUUGACGAUGUAAGCCGCGGACUGCAACCGUUUUUGAAUAUUGAGAUGUAUUAAGACAGUGGACCUGUCUCUCUGUCUGGAUGUCUAUAUUCAGUGAAGGGAAAAAGGACACUUUGCCAAUUUAUAGUUUACUGCAGUUUUUUUUAUUGAGGAGAUAUGAUGGCUUCAACAGCACAUACCCAUCCACCUGUCCAUCCAUCCACCUGUCCAUCCAUCCAUCUGUCCGUCCAAGCACUUUCCUUCUUUGGGAUUCUUUAACUGGGAGAAGUAAGGGCUAGAAUUGUGGUUGGGCAGCUACAUGUAUUAUUAUUACUCAUGAACUUUAGACAAAAAAUCUCUCCACUGAGAAAAUCACAAUGCCUUUACAUGUAAGAAAAAGGCAGCACAAGCGCUGCUGGAGUUUUUCUGGAAAGCAACCACAGUUUGUCCAACGAUCCCUACCUCCCAUCUUUUUUCCCUCCCUCCAACUCAGACCAUCACAGCCUGACAAGCACAGGUGCCCAAUGUGGGGGAAAAAAACAGCUGGAGAAAAUACAAACAAACCCACAACGACUCCAAAGUCAUCUACAUUUUAAAAUUGUUGCGCAGAAAACGAGGGUUUACCUUUUAGUGUUUUACAAUGAUCUGAGCAUUAUGGAAAGCUAGUUCUACUUGGAGAACGUAGGGAGAUGCAGCAGGCACAGAUCUAAUUGAAAGGGUUAUUGAGCCCUGGCCUUUGUCUGUAAGGCUUUAGCUUUAGAUGCUGUAGGUAACAUGACAAGUCGCUGGAGUUGGACGUCCAGUAUCACGCUGCAGAUACGUGACACGGGUGCCAAACAUGAUGUCAAAGAUGCUGUGAAGAGAUAUCAGAUGUGACUUGUCACCAGGCUGUCGGCCAUUCUUGUGCAUGUCUGUUUCUCCAGCAGAUGGAGCUGGGAGAGUGUAUGGUAGUCCUUCAGUUAGCUACUGCCCAUUUAAGACGCAAUUUUUUUUUUACCAGAGCUAGUGAAGAGGGUUGGUAUAAUAAUGCGUAGUCAUGCUACAUGUAGGGCUGCCACCUCUUAGUCGAUUAGUCGACUAAUCGGUCGUUUUGGUCUUAAUCGACUAAGAUU